AUGGAUUCCUUUACACGUCAGCGAAGGGGCUCUGGAGGAAGGGAUAUCGAGGUCCCUGCUGGAGCUUCUGAGCCAGAUUAUCAGGCAGCCUUGGGCCAAGAGGACAGCGAGCAACAGCCUGCACCUGUACGUCUAGGAGAAAUGUCUCCGGGCAUGUUGGAGCAGGGCGGGGUUCCGGCAGAGCCGGAGACGCCUGCCAACUUGUUUGUGGCAAGUCCUUUUCAUUCUGAGAAGGUGAAAUCAGAAGUGGAGCUUCUCAGAUCGAGACCGGCGACGUUGGAUGAUGACGGAAGGCGUGCUGGAAUCGAUUACGAUGAGGCAGCUCUUGGAGAUUCGAGCUUUUUGAGUGGCGGCAGGGAACCGGACUAUAGCUUAGCUGGCCAUGGAUCUCGUGGAGGAGCUCCUAAGCUGGCCCGAGUGGAGAUAGCAGGCGAGCAUGCUGUUGAGCAGUCUGGUGAAGCCGAGGAGCAAAAGCCUGGCAUAGUUGAGGUGCAACCUGAGACUGGGCGAGGCUGGGAAAUUACUGGCAAGGGUCGGGGUGCAAAUCCGAGGGAUGGAUCCGCGAGCACUUUUGCUGGUGAGAAACCGGGAGCUUCAGACGCUCGAGAGCUCAUUCCUGACUCUGGUUUUUCCAGGAUGGAACAGAUGAUGUUGCAAGUGAUGCAGGAGAAUGCUGCUCUGCGGCAGAGACUGGAAGCGGUGGAGUCUCAGUCAAGCGGCCUGAGUGGAGGAACCUGUGUGACAGCGCUCGAAGCUCAGGUCAGUUCGCCGAUGUCUUUCGCUGGGAAUGUACAGAGUUGCGUGGCCGCGCCACGAGAGAAUCGUCUUGUACAGAUGCCGAGUGCGUUUCCGGGCAACGAUUUCCAAGGAUAUUUGGCUGGCGUUGAGGAUUUUGCGCGUGGGGAAAAGGGGAUACCGAGUCAAGGCGUUCCAGGGUCUUCUCCCACUGUUGCAGAGGGGAUCUCGUCCUUUAGCGCUCCUGGGGCAUUUCCUGAGGAACCAGCGAAGUACAUUAUCGACCUGCCUAAGCUUGCUGCUGCUGACUUGACCACUAGCGCCGUAACAUGUGGCAACUGGCUUGCGCAGACACGCCAGGUUUUCGCGGGGCUUUCGCCGUCAGCGUCUGUUUGGUUCAGCUCGGUUGAGGGCGCGGCUAAUGCAAGCUAUCAGCGUUGGCUUGUAGCAGAUCCGUUGGAACGGCUAGCUCUCGAUCCCUCCACGGUUGUUGCUCACUAUGAUGCCGUCAAGUACCAGCGCGUAGAAAGUAGGGCAGCCCCAGACCCCAAGCUUCCCAGCACAUCUGCAUCUUCUCAGACGCCGAGUCCCACUGUGGCAGCGGUAUUUGGAGAGGCGGACGCUGGUAAAGGUGCAAGCGCAAAGGUUUUGAGGGUUGGCGAGUGGAACAUAGAUGAGACUUGGCUCUGUAGCGCUGUGAGUGCAUCCAAUCUUGAGUAUGCCUUGAUUGACUCUGGUGUCACUGAAUUGCACGUUAACGAGUAUGGGACCUUGCUUAGCCCUGUUGAUUGCCAGCUCAUAUUGCCUGCCGGGUACUUAGUCAGUAUGGGUUACCGCCUGAAGAAGUGGAAGGGCUCCGUGAGGCAUAUGGGUUGUCGCCAGCGGAGUCAUUGGCGAUCUCGGAUCACCACCUUGUACUCUUUGAGUGUCGACAUUGCUGGACCGUUCAAGGAUGGUCGCAGUUUUGACUCGAUUGCGUCUGGCAGGGAUCGUGGACGUGGCUAUAAGUACUUCAUUGCUGCAGCGUACUCGAUACCCUUGAGUCCCGAGUUGCGACCUGAUUUGAGUCCUCCUGAUGAUCUAGCUGAGUAUUGUCCUUCUGAGUGUGAGCAAGAAGCUGCAGGGGUAGGACCUAUAGCCGAUGAGGCGUCUGAGGAUUGCUCUGAGUGGCUGGACGGGGUACAUGAGCAGCUCCUGGCCCUGAUUUACCGGGGAACGCUGCAGACGGGGCAGAAGAGGUUGGAGUCGUUUGGGUACCCUGUUCACCGCUACUUCGCAGACCGUGCUAAAGAGCUGAGGAGCCAUGCUUUGAUUCAGUGGCUUCGAGAACGCGGCAUUCGUGCCUCAUUUACCGCAGGAGAGGAUCCUGCUGGAAAUAAGGCAGAGGUCAGUGUCCAGCGGUUGAAGCAAGAUGCCAGGAAACUCCUUCGCGUUGCCGAUCUGCCAAUCGAGUUUUGGCCAUUUGCUAUUCUUCAUGCUUCGCAAAGACACUUUGUGCAAAUGGCUGAGGCUUUGGGUGUGGGACAGGCUGUCCUUUUACCGUUUGGGGUAUGGUUGCAUGCGCGAAAGCGUUUGAAGUCGGGUCAUAAGAAGCAUUGGGAGACACGAACUGUUCCGGGCAAGUACCUGGGGGUUGCAACUGAUUGUGCUGGUGGGCACCUGGUGUUAAUCCAGGAUGGGUCCGAGCAGCGUGUUUUGCUAACCAACACUGUCUACCCUGUUGAUCCUUUGACAGUUGAUGGUACGACCGUGAAGCUUCUCUUUGGAGAUUCUGGUGUUUGGCUGGGAAAUAAGCUUGAGACUGGUGACUACAGCACGGUUGAGGCAUUAGAGGAUAGGUGGGUGAUUGCUGCCUAUGCUCCUCGGGGUACAUGGAAGAUUCUGAACGAAUACGCUCGUGAGCUUGAGAGCUUGGGGUUCGAUUCUAAAGGGUUGGAUCACCUUUUCGCUGCAGAGCGUGCUUCGAUUUCAAAGUUUAAUGCUGAGGGUGAUGAGGACUUGACCUCUGAGGGGCUUUGGGAAGUUGAGUUUCCUUGUGAAGUGUUGAAGCCUGGUUGGCGUGAGCACGUUUUAAGAAAUCACCUGUCCUCAGCUUUGGCGUGUAAAGCCCUUGUGAAGGAGCUUAGCUGUUUUGGAAAUGAUGAUGUAGGCUACGAAUUGAUUCGGACCUUGAAGUCGGUUGAAUGCCAGCGCGAGUGGUAUGAGGGACUUCUGUGGGAUGACUUUGUCAGGAAUUCUGGGAGUAUGUUAAAGGCUUUGAAUCAGGAUGUUCCUCUGAACCCGGAAGACCAAACCAGCCCUGCCGAAGCUUUUCUCCAAACGAGGACAGUAAGCUUAGCUGAGGCAAAGGGUGAAUUGGUGCUAUGGAUACCUUCGGCUACUGAGGAAGUUGUCUCUUUGGAACAAACGAAUGAGGCUGUUGAGCGCAUUGUCGUGUCGGACAUUGAGCGGUUGAUUCAAGAAGGAAAAAGGGUAACCCAGGUUCCAGGAAAGGCAGUCCUAACCAGGAAGGCUGGUGUUGGGAAACGCCGAUUCAGGUGUGUCGCGUGUGGGAACUACAUCCCCACUGGCUCUCCUGAUUCCAACAACCUUUAUGCGAGUGGCGUUGAAAGCUUGACUGUCAGAACGGCAUUAGGUUUUGCUGCUUACCGUGGUUGGGCAGCUUUGAGCGCCGACAUAAGGACGGCCUUCCUUCACGCGCCGUUGGACGGCGAGCUUGAGUCCGAAGAAAUUAUCAUUGUCAGGCCUCCAUCUAUUCUUGUAGACAUGAAAAUUCUUUCCCCGAAUCAUCGAUGGCGCGUGCGUAAAGCACUGUAUGGGUUACGACAAGCUCCCUUGGCUUGGGCCCGGUUCCGAGAUAAGUCAUUGCGGGUGCUGACCUUUCAGUGUGACGGUGCAUGGUAUGCCUUGCAGCAGGGUGUCAGUGAUGAUUCGCUUUGGUUCAUCACUAAAAGCGAGAUUGCCGAGGAUGACACUGAGCGUUGGCAUGGUAUCUUGAUCAUUUACGUUGACGAUCUUUUGGGUUUCGCUUCAUCGGUGAUCCUUAGUGCCCUUUUCGAUGAAAUACAGAAGCUGUGGAAGCUUUCGGAACCCGAGUGGAUUCGGGAGGAGGCUGCCACUAAGUUCUGUGGGUCCUACAACGAGGUGCAGUUGGAGACUGUCCGGAAGGCGCAAGCCCUGACAGGUGCUUUGCUUUGGGCUUCGUCGAAAACCAGACCCGAUAUUGCUUUUGCUGUCAGUAAACUUGGGCAAUAUGCUGUGAAGGCGCCAAGCAUUGUGAUUGAGAGCGGGCAUCAAAUCCUGCGCUACUUGUAUGGUACGGCGGACCUGUGGCUGGAAUACCAGAAGCCAAGCGACAAUUCCUGGCUUGACGCUCCGGUUCCUCGAACUUUAAAUACUCUGGAGUUGUACACCGACGCUUCCCAUGCCCCUAACGGGGGGCGAUCUUGCCAAGCGAUGGUCAUCCUAUGGGGAGGAAAUGUGUUAUGCUGGGAAUCCUGUCGUCAACCGUUUGUGACUCUGUCCUCUACGGAGGCAGAGCUAGUUGCAGUCACCGCCGGAAUAGUUGCUGCAGAAUCAAUUGGGGGCAUCAUUGAGGAAAUGAUCGAGUCCGACAUCACGGUCUCUGCCUUGUGUGAUAACCAGGCAGCGGUAAGGUUGUCUUCCAGCUUCGGAUCCCAGGGAUCUGUCUCUCCCCGGACCUUAGCGGGUCUUGCAUUGGUUGCUGUGUUGUCUGGUGAUGGGUCUGAACAGUUCUCUGAAACUGAAUUGCUGGAGGCGCAGCGCAAACUUCAGGUUCCUCCGAGUGGUGUUGAAAGCUUGACUGUAAGAACGGCAUUAAGCCUUGCCGCUUACCGGGGUUUGGCAGCUUCGAGCGCCGACGUACGGGCGGCAUUCCUUCACGCGCCGUUGAACGGCCAGCCUGAGUCCGAAGAGAUUGUCACUGCGCAGUCUCCAUCCAUUUCCGUGCUGAAUCUCCUUGACUUAGAAGAUGACCCUACUCCAGAUGAUAGGAGUGAUAGGCGCUGGGUCGUACUUCUCUAUGUUCUCUGGUUAGUCCUGGGCGGCAUUCUUCCUAGUUCUGCAGAGGUAGUAACCUAUGGGGAUGAACCGGUUUCUUUCGGUAGGUGGGAUGAACCGACUGGUAGCUCCACUGGGGUUGGCGAUGUGUGUCUGGAGGAUGAGCAAGGGUCUAGCUCUGAAGAAGCCGGGAGCUGGGACUGGUGGCUGUGGGUUGCCUGCGUGAUUGGAAUCUGGGAAAUCGUUCGUGCCUUAUCUCUUCGUGUGUGCAGAAGUAGAAAGACAGUGCAGGAUCAGGCAGUCAGCGCCGAAACGGUGCCGUGGCCUUUGCAUCCAGGUAUCCCUCACCGAGCGAACAUCUUGUACUGCUACUGGCGUGCAGGAUACGUGUUUGACGUACAAGAAUAUCCUGAAGCGGUUCAAUCACGAUUUUAUGGCCUCCUAGGCUCUCACCUUGAGAGGCGUGACAGAGAUGGCUUGUCCUCCACAGACUCUUCUGAUUGA